AUGUUUUCAUCACUAAUUUUUACAUUCUUAAUUUCUAACAUUAUUGCUCUAUCUUAUGAUUAUGAGCCUUAAAUCAGCAAAAAAUCAUUAAGAAAUUUAGCAUAUUGUAAUACAAGUUGUAAAUGUACUGUAUCAUACACAUGUACUAGUUGCUCAAAUUCAAGUUAUUACUACUAUCCUGACACUAGUGAAUGCUAUCAAUCUAUGUACUGCACAUAAGAUUAUUCUGGUGGCGAAAUUUAUACUCCAGAUCCAACUAAUAAAGUAUGCUGUAUAAGAAACUGUGCAACAUGUAAAAAUAAUGGUAACGAAAACUAAGUUUGUUUUACUUGUUUAGUAGGCUAUUAUUUACCAUCAGUAGGAGCUAAUACUUGUAAUUAAUGUAAUUCAUUAUGCUAUACUUGUAAUGGCCCAAAUUCUAAUAAUUGUUUGAGUUGUGUUACAGGAUAAUUUUUAUAUCAAAACAAUACUUGUUAAAAAACUUGUAAUACUAAUAAUGGGUAUUACGUAAAUGGAACUAACUGUUUACAAUGCAAUUCAAGUUGCUUAACUUGUAAUGGCCCUAAUUCAAAUAAUUGCCUCUCAUGUCCUUCAGGUUCAUAUUUCUUUUAGAAUAAUACUUGUUCAUCCACUUGUAAUACUAGUAACGGAUAUUACAUAAAUGUUAAUAACUGCCUAUAGUGUAAUUCAAGUUGUUUAACUUGCAGUGGUCCUUCUUUUAACAAUUGUCUUUCCUGUCCCUCUGGCUAAUAUUUAUUUUAGAAUAAUACUUGUUCUUCUACCUGUAAUGUAAAUAAUGGGUAUUAUAUAAAUGGAACUAACUGUUUAUAAUGUAACUCAAGUUGUUUAACAUGUAAUGGUUCUAAUUCAAACAAUUGUCUAUCAUGUCCUUCUGGUUAAUAUUUAUAUUAGAAUAAUACUUGCUCAUCUACUUGCAAUACAAGUAAUGGAUAUUAUAUAAGCAGUACUAACUGCUUGAAAUGUAAUUCGAGUUGCUUAACUUGCAAUGGACCUAAUUCAAAUAAUUGUCUUUCGUGUCCUUCUGGUUAAUAUUUAUUUUAAAAUAAUACAUGCUCAUCAACUUGCAAUACUAAUAAUGGAUAUUAUAUAAACAGUACUAAUUGUUUAUAGUGUGAUUUGAGUUGCUUAACUUGCAAUGGAUCUAAUUCAAAUAAUUGCCUUUCUUGUCCUUCUGGUUAAUAUUUAUUUUAGAAUAAUACUUGCUCAUCUACUUGUAACAUAAAUAAUGGGUAUUAUAUAAAUGGAACCAAUUGCUUGUAAUGUAACUCAAGUUGCUUAUCCUGUAAUGGACCUAAUUCAAAUAAUUGCCUUUCAUGUCCCUCUGGUUAAUAUUUAUAUCAGAACAACACUUGCUCAUCUACUUGCAAUACAAGUAAUGGAUAUUAUAUAAGCAGUACUAACUGCUUGAAAUGUAAUUCGAGUUGCUUAACUUGCAAUGGACCUAAUUCAAAUAAUUGUCUUUCGUGUCCUUCUGGUUAAUAUUUAUUUUAAAAUAAUACAUGCUCAUCAACUUGCAAUACUAAUAAUGGAUAUUAUAUAAACAGUACUAAUUGUUUAUAGUGUGAUUUGAGUUGCUUAACUUGCAAUGGAUCUAAUUUAAAUAAUUGCCUUUCAUGUCCCUCUGGUUAAUAUUUAUUUUAGAAUAAUACUUGCUCUUCGACUUGUAACAUAAAUAAUGGGUAUUAUAUAAAUGGAACCAACUGCUUGUAAUGUAACUCAAGUUGCUUAUCCUGUAAUGGACCUAAUUCAAAUAAUUGCCUUUCAUGUCCCUCUGGUUAAUAUUUAUAUCAGAACAACACUUGCUCAUCUACUUGCAAUACAAGUAAUGGAUAUUAUAUAAGCAGUACUAACUGCUUGAAAUGUAAUUCGAGUUGCUUAACUUGCAAUGGACCUAAUUCAAAUAAUUGUCUUUCGUGUCCUUCUGGUUAAUAUUUAUUUUAAAAUAAUACAUGCUCAUCAACUUGCAAUACUAAUAAUGGAUAUUAUAUAAACAGUACUAAUUGUUUAUAGUGUGAUUUGAGUUGCUUAACUUGCAAUGGAUCUAAUUCAAAUAAUUGCCUUUCUUGUCCUUCUGGUUAAUAUUUAUUUUAGAAUAAUACUUGCUCAUCUACUUGUAACAUAAAUAAUGGGUAUUAUAUAAAUGGAACCAACUGCUUGUAAUGUAACUCAAGUUGCUUAUCCUGUAAUGGACCUAAUUCAAAUAAUUGCCUUUCAUGUCUCUCUGGUUAAUAUUAAUAUCAGAACAAUACUUGCUCAGCUACUUGCAACAUAAGUAAUGGAUAUUAUAUAAACGGAACUAAUUGUUUAUAGUGUAAUUCAAAUUGUUUAACUUGCAAUGGACCUAAUUCAAAUAAUUGUCUUUCGUGUCCUUCUGGUUAAUAUUUAUUUUAAAUUAAUACUUGCUCAUCAACUUGCAAUACUAAUAAUGGAUAUUAUAUAAACAGUACUAAUUGUUUAUAGUGUGAUUUGAGUUGCUUAACUUGCAAUGGAUCUAAUUUAAAUAAUUGCCUUUCAUGUCCCUCUGGUUAAUAUUUAUUUUAGAAUAAUACUUGCUCAUCUACUUGUAACAUAAAUAAUGGGUAUUAUAUAAAUGGAACGAACUGCUUGUAAUGUAACUCUAGUUGCUUAUCCUGUAAUGGACCUAAUUCAAAUAAUUGCCUUUCAUGUCUCUCUGGUUAAUAUUUGUAUCAGAACAAUACUUGCUCAGCUUCUUGUGACACAAGUAAUGGAUAUUAUAUAAACGGAACUAACUGCUUAUAGUGUAAUUUGAGUUGCUUAACUUGCAAUGGAUCUAAUUCAAAUAAUUGCCUUUCAUGUCCUUCUGGUUAAUAUUUAUUUUAAAAUAAUACUUGCUCAUCUACUUGCAAUACUAAUAAUGGAUAUUAUAUAAGCAGUUCUAAUUGUUUAUAAUGUGAUUCAAGUUGCUUAACUUGUAAUGGAUCUAAUUCAAACAAUUGCCUAUCAUGUCCUUCUGGUUCAUAUUUAUUUUAAAAUAAUACUUGCUCAGCAACCUGCAAUACUAAUAAUGGAUAUUAUAUAAGCAGCACUAACUGCUUGAAAUGUAACUCAAGUUGCUAAUCCUGUAAUGGACCUAAUUCAAAUAACUGCCUUUCAUGUCCCUCUGGUUAAUAUUUGUAUCAGAACAAUACUUGCUCAGCUUCUUGCGACACAAGUAAUGGAUAUUAUAUAAACGGAGCUAAUUGCUUACAGUGUAAUUCAAGCUGUUUAACUUGCAGUGGCCCUUCUUCAAAUAAUUGCCUUACUUGUCUUUCUGGUUAAUAUUUAUAUCAGAAUAAUACUUGUUCAACUAAUUGUAACUCUAGUAAUGGGUAUUACAUUAGCAAUAAUAAUUGCUUGUUAUGUAAUUUAAGUUGUUUUACUUGUAAUGGCCCUAGUUCAAAUAAUUGUCUAUCAUGCCCUUCUGGUAAAUAUUUAUUUUAGAACAAUACCUGUUCAGCUUCUUGCGACACUAGUAAUGGAUAUUAUAUUUAAGGUACUAAUUGCUUACAGUGUGAUUCAAGUUGUUUAACUUGCUAUGGUCCUUCAUCAAGCAAUUGUCUUUCCUGUCCAUCUGGUUAACUUUUAUUUUAGAAUAAUACUUGCUCUACUACUUGUAAUAUAAAUAAUGGGUAUUAUAUAAAUGGAACUAACUGCUUGUAAUGUAAUUCAAGUUGCUUAACAUGUAAUGGACCUAAUUCAAAUAAUUGCCUUUCAUGCCCUUCUGGUUAAUAUUUAUUUUAGAAUAAUACAUGUUCUUCUAUUUGUAAUACUAGUAAUGGAUAUUAUAUAUUAAAUUAUUAAUGCCUUCUUUGUGAUAUAUCUUGCUAAACAUGUAAUGGGCCAACUUCAAAAAACUGUUAAUCAUGCCCUUCUGGAUAAUUUUUAUAUGCCGAUAAUUCUUGCUAAAUAAGCUGUAAUACAAGUUUAGGAUAUUUUGUACAAGGCAAUAAUUGUCUUGUUUGUGAUUCUUCAUGUUAGUCUUGUUCAGGACCCUUAUCUACAAACUGCUUAACAUGUUAUACUGGAAAUUUUUUGUAUGCUGAUAAAAGUUGCAAACCUUGUAAUAUAAAUAAUAGCUACUUUAUUAGCUAAAAUUAAUGUAUAUAAUGUAGUCCGUCAUGCUAAACAUGCAACGGAGAAUUAUAAACGUAAUGCUUAACAUGCAAAUCUGGUCUUUAUCUCUAUCCAGAUAACUCUUGUUAAUAAUGCAAUAUUUCCAAUUAAUAAUUUUUAGAUUCUUAACAAUUAUGCAGAAACUGUAAUCCUUCUUGCUUGACAUGUAAUGGUACAGGUUCUAACUAGUGUUUGAGCUGUCCAGCUGGUUAAAAUCUAUAUCCUGAUUAUAGUUGUUAAGUAUGCAAUAUCUAAAAUAAGUAAUAUAUAGAUAAUUAAGGUAUAUGUAGAUAGUGUGAUCCUUCUUGUUAAACAUGUAAUGGAUAGUAAUCAACCUAGUGUACAAGCUGUCCAACAGGAACUUAUCUAUAUCCUGAUAGCAGCUGUAAAAUUUGUAAUACUUCUAAUUAUUAAUACUUAGAUACUUAAAAUAUAUGCAGAUCUUGCGAUCCUUCUUGUUUAACGUGCAAUGGCCCUACAUUUACUUAGUGCUUAGCAUGCUCAAGUGGAAAAAAUUUAUUCCCAAACAAUAGUUGCAAUAUAUGUGAUAUAAAUAAUAAAUACUAUUUAGACAAUACAUAAAUUUGUAGAUCUUGUGAUUCUACUUGCUUAACUUGUAAUGGAUAAACUCCUUAGUCAUGUACAAGCUGCCCUACAGGAACUAAUUUAUAUCCUGACAACAGCUGUUAAAUAUGCGAUAUUACGAAUAAAUAAUACUUAGACAACUCUAAUAUUUGUAGAUCUUGUGAUCAUACUUGCUAAACAUGUAAUAAUUCUUCACCUAAAUCUUGUCUAACCUGCCCAUUAGGGACUUACUUACAUCCAGAUUAAAGCUGUAAUACUUGUGACACAGCAAACUAAUUUUAUUUAGACAGUUAAUAAAUAUGUAGGUAAUGUGAUCCUUCUUGCUAGACUUGCAAUGGAUUAUCAGCGAAUUAAUGCUUAACAUGCCCUUAAGGAUCUAAUUUAUAUCCAGACAAUAGCUGUAAAUUUUGUGAUACUUCUAAUAAAUACUAUUUAGAUAGUUCUUAUGUCUGUUAAUAAUGUGACUCUUCUUGUUUGACUUGCAAUGGUUCAACUUUAAAUUCAUGCUUGAGUUGUUCUUCCAAACCUCAGGGUGUUUAACUCUAUUUAUAUCCUGAUAAUUCCUGUAACACUUGUGAUACAGCAAAUAAACAGUACCUAGAUGCUUCAAAUAUUUGUAGAUAAUGUGAUUCAACAUGUCUAACUUGUAAUGGUCCAUCUGCUACUUAGUGUUUAUCUUGUCCUUCAGGAACAUAUUUAUAUCCUGAUUCUAGCUGUAAAAUUUGUAAUACUCAAAAUUAAUAUUAUUUAGAUCUUCAGUAAAUUUGUAGAAAAUGCCAUCCUUCAUGCUUUACUUGCAGUGGAUCAUCUUCAAACUAAUGCCUAAGCUGUCCGUUAGGGACUAACUUAUAUCCUGAUAAUAGUUGCUAGGUUUGUUAUAUAAAUAAUUAAUAAUUUUUAGAUUCAUCAAAUAUUUGUAGAAAAUGUGAUUCUUCUUGCUUAAUGUGUAAUGGUUUGUAGCCUAAUUAGUGUUUAAGCUGUCCAAAUGGGACAAAUUUAUUCCCUGAUAAUACUUGUUAAUUUUGCAAUUUAAAUAAUAAAUAAUAUUUAGAUAUGUCUUAAAUUUGUAGAUCUUGCGAUUCUACUUGUUAAACAUGCACAGGACCUGCUAAAAAUCAAUGUUCCAGUUGCCCUUCUGGAACAAAUUUAUUUUAAGAUAAUACCUGCUCGCUAUGUAACAUAAACAACUCAUUUUACAUAGAUUCAAACUCUAUUUGUAAACCAUGUGAUUCUUCAUGUAAAACAUGUAAUGGAUCUUUACCUACUUAGUGUAUAUAAUGUCCUAGUGGAAAAUAUUUAUAUCCAGACAACAGUUGCUAAGUAUGCAAUACAAAUAAUCUUUAAUUCUUAGAUUAAAAUAAUAUUUGCAGGUCUUGUGAUCUUACAUGCUAAACUUGUAAUGGGUCUACACCAAAUUCUUGUUUAACAUGUCCUGUAGGAUCUAACUUAUACCCUGAUUUUAGCUGUAAGGGUUGUAAUACAAAUAAAUAACAGUUCUUAGACUAAAAUUAAGUCUGCAGAAAUUGUGAUCCUUCAUGUUAAACAUGCAAUGGAUAGUUAGCUACUUAAUGCUUAAGUUGCCCUUCAGGUACUAAUUUAUAUCCUGAUAAAAGUUGCAAAGUUUGUAAUUUAAGCAAAUAAUAAUUUUUGGACUCAAAUUAAGUAUGCAGAUCUUGUGAUCCUACUUGCUAUACUUGCUCUGGAUAAACAACAUAGUAAUGUUUAACUUGUAAUACAGGAAGUAAUCUUUAUCCAGAUAAUAGUUGUAAAUUUUGUGAUACUAGUAACUAAUAGUAUUUAGAUUCAAAUUAAAUAUGCAGAUCUUGUGAUCCUUCUUGCCAGACAUGUAAUGGAUCUUCAGCUAAUUAAUGCUUAAGCUGCCCAUCUGGAAAAAAUUUAUAUCCAGAUUUUUCAUGCAGAGUAUGUAAUGUUAAUAAUAUGUAAUAUCUAGAUUAAAACAAUAUAUGCAGAAGCUGUGAUUCUUCUUGCUUAACUUGUAAUGGAUCUACUCCAUAAUCAUGCUUAAGUUGCCCAUCAGGUACAAAUUUAUUUCCUGAUAACUCAUGCAAAGUUUGUGAUAUAACUAAGUAGGUUUAUUUAGAUUAAUCAAAUAUUUGUAGAAAUUGUGACCAUAGCUGUUAAACGUGUAAUGGACCUUCUAAGAAUUAGUGUCUGACAUGUCUUACAGGAACCUACCUCUAUCCAGAUAAUUCCUGUUAAUAAUGUUAAACUAAUAAUAAAUAAUAUUUAGAUAGCUCUAAUAUUUGCAGGUAAUGCGACGAUUCAUGUUUGACUUGUAAUGGACCUAAUCCCACUUCAUGCGUUACAUGUCCUAAUAAUAAUUCACUUUUCCCAGAUUUUAGCUGUAGAUUUUGUAACAUAAACAAGUAAUUUUAUUUAGAUUCUAAUAAUAUUUGUAGAUAAUGUGAUGAUACAUGUUUAACAUGUUCUGGACCUUAAAGUACUCAAUGCUUGAGCUGUCCGAUUGGAUAAAACCUAUUUCCAAACAACUCAUGUAAUAUUUGUAAUAUUUCUAAUUAACAGUUUAUUGAUUCUAAUAAAAUCUGUUAAGUUUGUGAUACUAGUUGUUAAACAUGUAAAGGGCCAAAUAAUACUGAUUGUUUAACAUGUAUUACAGGAAAAUAUUUUUAUCCUGAUAAAACUUGUAAUGUAUGUAACACAAAUAAUAAAUUUUAUCUUGAUAGCAAUCAAAUUUGUCAAUCAUGUGACAGUUCAUGUAAAACAUGCAACGGUUCAAAUAAAAAUUCCUGUUUAUCUUGCCCCUAAGGAACAACACUUUAUCCUGAUAAUUCCUGUUAAUUUUGUGAUAUUUCUAAUCAAUAUUAUAUAGAUUCAAAGAAUAUUUGCUAAAAAUGCGACAAUAGUUGCCAAACCUGUUCUGGAUAAACCGAUAAAUAAUGCUUAAGCUGUCCUGCUAAUACUUAUUUAUAUCCAGAUAAUUCUUGUAAUUCAUGCAACACUUCAAAUCAGUAUUUUGUAGACUCCAAUUCAGUAUGUUAAAAAUGCGAUACCUCUUGUCUUACUUGUGAUGGAUUAUUUAAAAUUAACUGUACUUCCUGCUAAAAUGGUUUUUAUUUAGAUACUAAUAAAAGUUGUAAAUCUUGUGAUUCAACAUGUUUAACUUGUAAUGGUUCUGGUAAAAAUAGUUGCUUGACUUGCCCCAGUGGUUAAAAUAUUUUCAAAGAUAAGUCUUGUAAUAUCUGUUAAAUUAAUAAUAAGUACUUUAUAGAUAGCUCAUAAGUUUGUUAAUAAUGUCAUCCUACUUGCUUAACUUGUAAUGGUUUGCUCUAAAAUAAUUGCCUAUCUUGUCAAAAUGGGUUUUAUUUAGAUUCCACAAAAUAAUGCUUACCAUGUGACUCCUCAUGCUCAACUUGUAAUGGUCCUAGUCCAUUAUAAUGCUUAAGUUGUAAAUAAGGUUGGAAUUUUUAUCCAGAUAAACUCUGUAAAUAUUGUGAUUUAUCAAAUAAGUAUUUCCUAGACAAUUAAAAUAUAUGCCAAUAAUGUUCAUCUAAUUGUUAAACUUGUAAAGGACACCUAACAACUGACUGUUUAAAGUGUGUAAGUGGAAUGACUAAAUUCCCUGAUUAAACAUGUAACAUCUGCAAUAUAAAUAAUAAAUAGUUUAUAGAUAGUAAUUAAAUUUGUUAAAACUGUGAUAAUUCUUGCUUAACAUGUAAUGGUUUGUCAUCAACAAAUUGUACCUCUUGUAUGUAAGGAUAGAAUUUAUAUCCUGAUAAUUCAUGUUAAGUCUGUGAUAUAAAUAAUUAAAAGUAUUUGGAUAGCUAAAAUAUUUGUAGAUCAUGUGAUAAAUCAUGCUAAAAAUGUAAUGGUCCAUAGAAAAACUAAUGUAUAUCAUGCAUCUAAGGAUUGACACUCUACCCUGAUAACUCUUGUAAAUUUUGUGAUUUAGAUAAUAAUCAAUUUAUUGAUAACAACAACAUUUGUUAGCAAUGCCAUAGCUCUUGCUAAAAAUGUAAUGGUCUAUAAAAUAUAAAUUGUACUUAAUGUUCUUAGGGUUUGAGCUUCUAAAGCGAUAAUACUUGUAAAAUGUGCAAUGUUUCAAAUGGAUUCUUUAUUGAUUAAAAAAAUUAUUGUAAAAAUUGUGAUUAAAAUUGUAUAACAUGCAAUAAUACAAAAUAGUGUACAAAAUGUGCUUUAAGUUUCACAUUAUUUAAUGGGAUGUGCUUUAACUGUUAACCAGGAACUUAUAUUGAUUCAAUAACGAUGAGUUGCUAAAGUUGCAACAAAAAAUGUAAGACAUGCUUUGGAAGUCUAGAAACAUAAUGUAUUUAAUGUGCUAACCCAUCUUAAUUUUUUGACUAAAAUAAUUAUUGUGUUGAUUCUUGUUAAACUGGAUAUAUUAAAAAUCUGAAGACAAAUAAAUGUUAGUAAUGUUUAUAUUAUUCAGCUAAUUUAGAAAAAUCUGUUUGUGUUGUGGAAUGCCCAGAUCAAUUUUAUGCAGAUUCUAAUAAUAAUUGCUAGAAAUGUGGAAACAAUUGUAAACACUGUCUAGAUCAAUAAACGUGUACAGAGUGUAAUAAAAAUUAUAGCUUUAAGAGUAGUAGUAAUAGAGAAUGCACAAUUUGCUAAGCAGAUGAAUACAAAGAUGAAAAUAAUACAUGCCAAAAGUGCAAAAUUUUAAAUUGUGAAACUUGUUAAAGUAAAGAUAUUUGCUAAACUUGUGCAAUAGGUUAUUUUAAUAAAUAAACAUACUGUGAAUAUGAUUAGAGAUAUAACCAUUAUACUUGCUCCUAUUCAACUUAGGAAUAAUGUGAAUAAGAACUGAAAUUAAUUACUAAAGCAGACAUUAGUAUGUAGUCUGCUCAAAUUGCUUCAUUAGGAGUACAAACUGUCAAUACAUUAUUGUUUGCAUAAGGAUCAUAAUUUACUUACUCAUUAUAAAUAUAACAAAUGAUAGGAAAUACAAAAUUUUCAGAUAAAUUUAAAUAAUUAAGCAUAGGCUCAACUUUUAUUGAUCUAAAUUAUUAAAUGAAUAUUUUGAGUGUUAUACCUAGCCCAUUAAGUUCGAAUAACUCAUAAAAUGCUUCGUAAACAUAAUCUAAUAGUAAUUUGUAAAGCUAGAGAAUACUUGAAGACAACGCUUCAUCAAGUGAUUUAAGAAAAGUUUAAUCUAUUGAUUUAAGUAAACUCUUUUUAAGUGAUGCCCUAAUUUAUAUCAUUAUUACAGGUAUUUUUAUCAUAAUUAUGGCAAUUUGUAAGUUGCUAAGCAAAAGAUAUGAAUAUUUUAGUGAUAUUAAUGAGAAAAAGUAUUCUUAUAUAAUCAAGCUUUAGCUUUUGUUUUCAAACUACAUCCUAAUUUCUAUUUUUAAAGCAUUUAAGAACAUAGACUUUUCUACAACACUUCAAAUAGCUAGCUUCGCUUUAUAAGUAUUAUAUCUGAUAUGUUAUGCCUUAUUCUUAAUAUUUUUUUAUUUCUAAAUUCGAAAAUUUGAUAGAAAAUCUAAUAUUAAUUCAAUUAAUAAAUACUAUGUUCUCAUAGAUAAUGUAAAUAUUGACAUUCCUUUUGGAAAAUAUUUUUGGUUCUUUUUUGAAAUAAGAAAAAUAUUAAAUAUAGCGUUUACUUUUUUAAUUCCCUCUGUAGUUUGUUCUCUAGUUUUAGUGCUAUCUUUAAAUUUAAUAUUUUUGAUUUACAUGAUUUAUUAUAAGCCAAUCAUAGCUUUGAAUGAAUAGAGAUAUUAUUAUGUAUUAGAAUUCUUAUAGUUAGCUAUUAACAUAAAUAUAAUUUUAGUUUACAGCUUUGAUGAUGUAAGAUUAGCAUGGUGUACAGUAUCCAUAAUAGGAAUACUCUUCUUAGUGAUAUUAUUAUAUUCGAUCUAUAUAUCAUAUAAUAUUUUGAGAAUUAAGUAUUGCAAAAAAAGAUUUAUUAUAUCUAAGAAUUCAUACUAUGAAGAAGACAUUAGAUAGAAAUCAUUCUAAUAAAUUAUUGAUAAAAAUUAAAUGAGAAUCAAAGUCAGGUCAGGAAUCCUAAAUAAAUUAGAGAAAUCAUUAAGUUUAUCCUCAAAUACAGAGUAAGGAACUUAUUUAUUUAUAAAUUUUAUUUUUAAUUUAAUUAAAAAAUAUAUUAGAAGUGAUUCAAGGAUAGAGUAUAUGGACAAUAUACACUAACUCUCGAUUAAAUGGAAUAAAAAUCCAAUAUAUACUAGAAAUGUUGCAUUGAGUGAAUAAAAAAAAUAAUGA